AUGUCAAAACGAAAGAGAAAAUCACGUCGGUCGACGGUCAAGGCACAGGGUAAGAAUAAAAUCGGAAACCCAACUGCAAUUAUACCCUGUUCCCCACCGGCCGAACAAUCAACACCAUCAAAGAGUCACUCGACGCUUACGGCUGAAAGAAUCUUAUAUCGAUACCCGCGUCUCGAACGUCGAUUUUACGAACCCCUGGUUCUUCUCAGUAUUCUCGAUCCAGUCCGCGGCUGCCACUUCAACAACUCGUUGCGCGGUACUGACGAUACGCUCGACCAAUUGAGAAGAUCCUUCGUCGACGCGAUUGCGACCAUCUGUGACUCUCGUAAAGGGGGUGACACUGUUACUGCUGUAGCUUUGCAAGCAACCCCCUUGAACACCGUCAUCUGGCUUGCCGCCAAUGAAAAACCAACAACUCGAACCGCACAAUACCUGCAGAGAAUUAUCAGUGCUCUAGGGAAAGUUACACCUCAUAAGAGAGCACUAGUGACGGAGGAAGUUUCUGAUCGCGUGGUUGAAUUCUGUCGGUCAAGUUCUGUCAAAGAAAUCAUGAGUGUUUGCAUGAAGUGUCGAAUUCAUUUUCCCACACUCUCGGGACUCUCCAGAAGAGAAACCGAUCAGCAUCAGCCGGUUACUCGAACCAAGCAUUUCAUUGGCCGCCUUGCGAUAUACCAAAAAAGUAUCCAGACUUUGCUUGAUGUUGCAUUGGACAUUCCACAAUUGCUUGAAAACUGCCAGCUCCGUAUUUGUGAGUCUUCUCGGCAUCUGCCAUCUCCCCUGAACCCCAAGGCGUCAACUCUUGACGGGGUUGUGCAUCGGAUGUUCCCAGAGUUUACAUCGACCGAAGUUCGCAGAGACCUCGAGAGGCUCAACAUCUUUGGGAACCUUCAUGAACAACUGAGCAGAGCCUGCACUUUUAAAACUCGAGUCCAUGCGGAGCUGCUUUUAAUUGAAAAAUCUCGCUCCAAUGGUUGGGAAUUUGUUGCUGGUGAUAAAUAUAUUGGUUGUAGUAAACCAGCUUGUUUCUGUUGUUACCAUUAUAUCAACUCCCUUCCCGAAAGAUAUUCCAUAUCCGGAUGCCACAACAAGAUAUAUACUCACUGGCGAGCACCAGAUCUUACCAUCCAAGAUCUCAAAGCUGCAAAGAUACGGGAGGACGCGUUGAAUGCGGUCGUUGCAAAGCUGAGAACUGAGGUGCGUCGAUGUAUUGACGAACGACCGGUGAAAAUUCGUCCACAUUACGAUUCCAUAACCGGUUCUACAUCGGUGGCUCGCCCAGAAGAGAUUGAAGGAGGUGACUGUAUCGAGAAUGACAUAGAGAUAGAGCAGGCGAAGGAGGCAGAGAGGCAAAGAGAAGCCGAAAAUCAACGGGAAGCAGAUGACUGGGGGCCAUUCACGGCGAAGAAGAGAAAAGGGAGGAAAAGAAAUCGAAUCCGUUCCCCUGCUGUUGAAGAAGCCCCAGAAGAAGUCCCUCCAGAAGAAGUCCCUCCAGAAGAAGUCCCUCCAGAAGAAGUCCCUCCAGAAGAAGUCCCUCCAGAAGAAGCCCCUCCAGAAGAAGCCCCUCCAGGCGAAGCACUCCCAGACGAAUAA